AUGAUCUUGAUAAUAAUAAUAAAAAUUCGUGAAGAAGAUGAGCCGGCGGAUACUCCUCUACUUGCUUAUCCGCGAUAUUAUUGCCUAGAACAUAAAUGUUAUGUCAUUUUGGGUGGACUAGGCGGUUUUGGUUUAGAGCUAGCAGAUUGGUUAACUCUUCGAGGUGCAAAACAUCUAGUGUUGACAUCACGAACUGGAAUCAGAACUGGGUAUCAGCAAUCAAGAGUAAAACUGUGGCAAUCUUACGGUGUGGACGUACAGAUCGUUACAGUCAAUGAUAUUUUGAAACGUAAUGACUGUGAAUCCAUAUUAAAAUUUGCUGAGAAAAAAGCACCAGUGGACGCCAUAUUCAAUCUUGCAGUUGUGUUAAAAGAUUGUUUAUUCCAAAAUCAGUCACCGCAAAUGUUUGAAGAUUCAUUCCAAUCAAAGGCAUGGAUGACAAAGAAAAUGGAUGAAUUGUCGAGAAUAAUAUGUCCACAACUUCGACAUUUUGUCGUAUUUUCUUCUGUUUCAUGUGGAAGAGGAAAUGCAGGUCAGACAAAUUAUGGAAUGGCUAAUUCCGUAAUGGAGAGAAUUUGUGAAAAAAGAGUGAAAGAAGGAUUACAUGGUUUAGCAAUACAGUGGGGUGCUAUUGGUGAUGUAGGAUUAGUCGCAGAUUUGCAAGAAGACAACAAAGAACUUGUUAUUGGAGGUACAUUGCAACAAAGAAUAUCCUCCUGUUUGGAUACUUUAGAUGUAUUUUUAUUACAAAACCGACCUAUCGUAAGCAGUAUGGUUGUUGCUGAAAAAGCAAACAUUGGCGGAUCAAUGAAUAUUUAUGAAACUGUUGCUCAUAUUAUGGGAUUGAAAAACACAAACACAGUAGCGCAUAAUAUGACACUAGCCGAAUUGGGAAUGGAUUCGAUGAUGGCAGUAGACAUCAAGCAAACGUUGGAAAGAGAGUUUGAUAUUUUCUUGAGAGGACAAGAUAUUCGUAAUCUUACUUUCGCUAAACUUAGAGAAAUGACAGAUACAAUUGGGCAAGAAAAAAAGCAUGACACGAAUAAAAGCGAUAAUAUUUUAGAAGGUUUAAACAUGCUGAUCCGAAUAAUUAAAGAUUCAGACUUGGUUCCAGAUGUUCUUGUAGAACUUGCUGCAAAGGACAAUGAUAGAGGCAACGUAUUUCUCUUACCAGGAAUCGAAGGAUGUGCAAACAUAUAUAAAUCUAUAGCAUCAGGAAUUAAAUCAUCGGCAAUGUGUUUACAACAUGGUGCACUUAAUAUUCCCGGUCAAAGUCAUUCAGUGAUGAAGUCAGCCACUUAUUUACUACCUGUAUGA